GGGCCGUGGCGGCUGGAGGUGGCGGCGGCGGCGACGCGUCCGGGCCGGUGAGGGGGCGCGGGGGCGCCGGGGGGCGCAAGCGUCAGCGGCCCGCGCUUGUCGGGCUGAACUGAGGACCGAGUCUCCUGCCAUUCCGAGCAGGCCUGGUAUGGAUAAUGGUGUGAAGGAAGGCCCGGUGCGAUUGCGUGAGGAUGCCGAGGCUGUCCUGUCCUCGUCCGUCUCAUCAAAGCGUGACCACAGGCAAGUGCUCAGCUCCCUGCUGUCUGGGGCCCUGGCUGGCGCCCUUGCCAAAACAGCAGUAGCCCCCCUGGACCGAACCAAAAUCAUCUUCCAAGUGUCUUCAAAAAGAUUUUCUGCCAAGGAGGCCUUCCGGGUCCUCUACUACACCUACCUCAACGAGGGCUUUCUCAGCUUGUGGCGCGGGAACUCGGCCACCAUGGUGCGCGUGGUGCCCUACGCCGCCAUCCAGUUCAGCGCCCACGAAGAGUACAAGCGCAUCCUGGGCAGCUACUAUGGCUUCCGCGGAGAAGCCCUGCCCCCUUGGCCUCGCCUCUUCGCCGGCGCACUGGCUGGAACGACAGCCGCUUCACUGACCUACCCCCUGGACCUGGUCAGAGCGCGGAUGGCCGUAACCCCGAAGGAAAUGUACAGCAACAUCUUUCAUGUCUUCAUCCGCAUCUCGAGGGAAGAGGGGCUGAAGACCCUCUACCACGGAUUUAUGCCCACUGUGCUGGGGGUCAUUCCCUACGCCGGCCUGAGCUUCUUCACCUAUGAGACGCUCAAGAGCCUGCACAGAGAGUACAGUGGCCGCCGACAGCCCUACCCCUUCGAGCGCAUGAUCUUCGGCGCCUGCGCUGGCCUCAUCGGGCAAUCGGCCUCGUACCCGCUGGAUGUGGUGCGGCGGCGUAUGCAGACGGCCGGCGUCACCGGCUACCCGCGUGCCUCGAUCGCCUGCACGCUGCGCACCAUCGUGCGGGAGGAGGGCGCGGUGCGCGGCCUCUACAAAGGCUUGAGCAUGAACUGGGUCAAGGGUCCUAUCGCCGUGGGCAUCAGCUUCACCACCUUCGACCUCAUGCAGAUCCUGCUGCGGCACCUGCAGAGCUAGGGUACCCUGAGCUGCUCUCAGGACGGUGGACCAGUGACCCCUUUGUAUUCUGGGCCCACGGA